UCUAAGUUUAUAGAUACGAUGGGUGAGGGUGGUUGGAUGUACAAAGCUUAAAACAACAUAUAUACAUAUACACAUAUAAAAAAUAAACUCAUAAAUGAAUAAGACUAUUUUUUUUUUUCCUUUUUUUUUCUUUUUUUCUUUCUCUUUUUUCACUUAUAAAAAAUGGCAAAUGGAAGAAAGAAACAAACCACAUUAAACCAUUACUUUAACAAGAAUACGAAACAGCCAUUACCACGAGCAACAUUACCACAAGAAUUACCAAAUCAGGUCAAUGUAAAAGAUCAUGUGGAACUUAUGAAUCUAGAUACGGAAGCCACUGCGCCAAACAUUGACUCUGAUGAAGACGAGGACGAGGAAGAAGAGGUCGUUGUAAGAAAGAGAAAAAGACGAAUUGUUGCCAGUGAUGAAAGCAGUAAUGGUAGCGACGAAGAACCACUGCAGGAAAGAAUCUCAAGAUUAAGACAACAAGACGGAAUGGAACAAUGUGAUAUAAAUGACGAAGAAUUGGAUUUUCUUGACAAGUCUGAUAUAUUGCAAGAACGAACACGUGGAAAACAAGUAUCACGAUAUAGUGAGGCGUUAAAGAAAUUAGCGGACCGUAAGGCGAGAUUAGAGGCUUAUCAAGGUGAACGAGGUCCGAUUGAAGACUAUGUGUUUAGUGAUAGUAGCGAAGAAGAGUUUGUGGUGGAUGAUGAUAUUAUCGACGGUGUGAAAAAGACGGACGGGGACUCCGAAAUGGCUAUGAUGGAAAUGCCAGUGGAAUUUUCGAGUGCAAGAGCACAAUCUUUUACAAGCCAGUUGUCUAUUUAUAUCGAAUAUUUAAUCCAAUUAGCUGUGAAUCCCGAUUUUGAAAAUGGAAUGACCACCAACAAACGGUAUCAAAUCGCUAAAAAUGCGGUCAUUCGUAGAGUACAAAGUUAUAAGGAUUCCAUGGUAACAAGUGAUGUUUGGAUAAGUACAUUCAAGGAUGUGGUGGACGCCAAUGAACAUUGGACUGUAACCGACGACUGUGUCAUUACAGGUGUAAAAUGUGAUGCCUGUCGCUCGAAUAAACCAGCCAGCUUUGAAGUUAUGCUUUCUUCGGAUAAUUCACCGAACGAACACAUUUUGUAUUUAGGAAGUGAGUGCUGUAGAAAAGGUGAAAUGUACCACGCUUUUUUUCAUUUCGAGUUACACAUGUCCAAUCAUAUCAACCAAGUAGUAACAAAGAUGAUGUUGGAGAACCCUUUUUUCAACAAAGACACUGUACUUGAAGCAUUAUUUGAAUCCCAAUUCAUCAAAAACAAAAUUGAGCAGGUCAAGGACUCCUUCAAUACUGUCAAUCGAAUCUAUAAUCUCAAAAAUCAGCGAUCUCAAAUUGUCGACGACACGAGUAGUAGUGAGAAUUCGUCAUAUGAAGAUUGAUGAAACGUACUUUAUAUAUAAAAAGAAUUUUCGUACAACCAUGCUUUUUUUUUUUCCUUUUAAAAAAU